GCUGUAGAUUUGAAUGUGGGCGUGGCUUUCUGUAAGGUAUAUCCAGACUUGACAGAGGUGGGAGGUAAUGAUUCGUGUUUGAGGAAGAUGGCGUCUUCAAAGAAGUCUGGGAGCGGUGUUCUUGAAAAAACAGUAAACAGGAGGCGCUCGUCAAAGCACAAAGAAGUUCCAAUAGGGGACAGGACGCACAAGGACUCCAGCAUGAGUUCAGAAGAGGUGAUGGAUACCAAGGCAGUUUUCACUGCCUUGUUUGACGUGUGUGAAGAAAAUGCGGCCUUUUUCUCUGGGGCUUCAAAGGGCCAAGCUGGGGAUGCAGCUCAGCGCCUGGUGGACGCCAUGACCACCAUCCAGGAACAUGCCCGGAGCCUGGAGCCUGUCAUCUCUGGAUUCGCUGCCAUCUACCACCAUUUUGACUUUGACCCUCACAUCCCCGCCAAUGGAUAUCGCUCCCUUGUUAAGGUGGUGCGCUGUUGCCUCCUCCACAUCAUCCACAAAGGGCGCUAUAUCACAUCCAACAGGCGAAGCAUCUUUUUCCGUGCCAGCCACAAUGCGGCAGAGAUGGAAGCAUACUGUAGUGCUCUAUGUCAGCUCAGGGCGCUGCUCUAUCUAGCUCAGAGACUGCUUCACGACAACAGUCACGGCAACCUCUUCUUCCAGGAGGAAAGUGGCCUCAGUCAGAGCUUCCUGAGAGAGUACGCCUCCAUGCAUAAGGGCUGCUUCUACGGCCGCUGUGUUGGAUUUCAGUUUACUCCUGCCAUCCGUCCAUGCCUGCAGUCAAUUGCUAUUAGCCUGGUUGCUUUUGGGGACAACUACAAGAAGCAUCAGUCGGGGAUAGGUGUAGCAGCCAGUUCUUUCCUCACCUCUGGGAAGUAUGCCAUUGACCCUGAACUGAGAGGUCGGGAGUAUGAACGCAUCACUCAGAACCUGGAUGUUCAUUUUUGGAAGACAUUCUGGAACGUUACAGAGACUGAACUUUUAUCAGGUCUGAUGUCUAUAACGGCCACAGCUGUGAAAGUAAAUCGAGCUCUUUCUGUGCCCCCUAUGCCCUUUGACCUGCCGUUGGUGGUGGAUCCCACCCACAUUGUGACCGUGUCUCCUCCAGCAGCUCAUAUCGGCCUGGGGCCUGUGCAGAUGAGGUUGAUCUCAUAUGAGCUGAGAGAAGGACAGGACAGUGAGAAAUUAUUAGCACUGUGUCGCUCAGAGGGGGGCCCGAUAUCUCUUUCUUUGGGCUUGAAGCCGAAGCGCCAUCCCCCUUCCCCAUGGCUGGUGUUGCACUUCCACGGAGGAGGCUUUGUGGCUCAGACUUCCAAAUCACAUGAGCCAUAUCUGAAGAGCUGGUCUCAAGACCUGAAUGCCCCCGUCCUUUCAGUGGACUAUUCUCUGGCCCCUGAGGCCCCGUUUCCUCGGGCUUUAGAGGAAUGUUUCUAUGCCUACUGCUGGGCCAUCAAGAACCACAACCUGCUAGGUUGGACCGGUGAGCGUGUGUGUUUGGCCGGUGACAGCGCAGGUGGAAACCUGUGUGUGACUGUGUCGAUGCGGGCGGCCGCUCUUGGUGUGCGCAUGCCGGAUGGCAUCGUUGCUGCUUACCCCGCUACACUACUCACCGUGUACGCCUCACCAUCCCGCCUGCUCACCCUCAUAGACCCUCUGUUACCCCUCAGUGUGCUCUCACGCUGCCUCAGUGCUUACGCAGGCACAGAUCCACAGGUGGAGAAGCAGGUGGAGAAGGUGAGCACUUUGAGCAUGGUGAGGAGAGAUACUGCCUUGCUGCUCCGAGACUUCAAACAGGGGGCUUCCAACUGGAUCCAUUCUAUGCUGGAUAGAGGAAGUGCAGACUCUGUGAGAAAGAGCGUUUCAGAAGCAUCUCUGACCUCUCCUCACACAGACCCUCCAGUGUCUGCCAAGCCAUCGGAGUACUCCCAUGGGAAAGGGUCUAUGAAGAGCCAGACGUGCCAGGACUUGGGCGCCCAUGCUAACAGCAACGUGCAGAAAAAUGUCAGCGAGACCACCAACCACCUUAGCACCACUACAGCCAACCACAGCUCCAUCCUUGACAUCACUCUGACACCCGAGAGCAAGCCCGAGGAUGUGAGUUUCUUCCUCUGCAAAGAAGUGGAUCCCUCUGUGUCAGAAUCCUUUUCUGCUGUGGCCAUUCCGCCCCCUGCUGGUGAGGAGGACUCUGAGACACCCCGGGAGUUUCCAGACGGCUUUGAGCCUCUGCGCUCAGAGCAAUUAGCAGAAAUGAACGUACAGACCUCUCCCAUCGUCAGAAACCCUUACAUGUCCCCCCUUCUGGCUCCAGACAGCAUGCUCAAGGGACUACCUCCCAUACACAUUGUGGCCUGUCAUCUGGACCCCAUGCUAGACGACUCUGUGAUGUUUGCCAAAAGGCUGCGAGAUGUCGGUCAGCCAGUGACCCUAUGUGUCGUGGAUGACCUUCCUCAUGGCUUCCUCAGCCUGUCACAGCUCUCGAGGGAGACUCGAGAAGCUGCUAACGUAUGCAUGGAGCGAAUCAAGGAUGUCUUCACCAUGAAAGACCCUCUGCCAGAGAUGCGCAAACACCGCAAAUUGGAACGGACCAUUCAGAAACCUUCUGCUACCAAAAAAGACCACAUUCAACUUUCGCAAGUGACCGUGCUGGAGGAAGAGGGGGUAUCUGUUGCUGGAGAAGCUUCUGUUGUGAAUGAUGAGGGACUUGCUGGCUUUUACCCUCCCUCUGAAUCUGAAAAGAUUCCAGCUUAGAAUUUUGGACUGGUUUUGUUCUGAAUCAUACCAAAAGAGAGAUACGAAGGCCAGAGUAAGGCCAUAUUAUGUGAAUCACACCAGGGGCGGAGCAAGGGGGUGGUUAGAUGGGCUUAAGCCCUGAAUGUUUUGUCAAAAGCCCUGAAUCUUUUGGAUUUUUAAAAACAAAUUUAACUUGUUUUCAUUUUCUCUCAGUCUUUCUGACUGGAGCUGCAAAAAAUGUAAACAAAUCUCUAUUACCGUGCGUGGAUGCGGAUGGUAAUGCAUCGCGCAUCACUCAGCUUGACAGCCAACUGCCAAUAAAACCUAAAGAAGAAAUUCAUCGUCGUUGUCAUGAGGGGCUGGCUGCUGGCGCCUAGCAGGCUUUUUGUAUGUUUCACUGGCGUCGUAGCAAGCUUACAUAAAUUAUUAUGGACAUAACAAAGUUUUCUUUACAGAAAACUAAACCUCACCGGCCGGAGAGAGAUUCAGCGUCAGACGACCCGUGGACAAAUGUUUACGCGUCUUUGCAUUGACUUUACAUUGAAAUCACUCACCCCUGACGCGCUAUUCGCGUCCGGUGUGAACGCACCUUGAUGAUUUGUGGGCACAUCUAAUCUCGGCACAUUAGUGGGAUAAGAAAAGAGACUAAUUGAGAAUUGAGAAAUAUUAUAUAUUGCUGAAGAAGAUUAGAAAGUCAAGAGAAAGUAUAUUUCCUCCUGAUGACAACAAUUACAGUCACGUUUCAGAUGCAUCAAUAUCG